AUUGGUUGUAUUCUAGAUUUUGGAGUAUCAAUUGCACUUUUUACUAACGUUUUAUUUGAAUAAGAUUUUUCAGAAAAGAGUUUUCGAUUGGCUGGUAGUUGUACGAAACUAAAAGUAUGAGGCCAAAGAAUGAUGUAUCAUAAGAAAUAAAAGAGACUUGAGUAAAAAAAAAAUAAAGAAGGGGAACGCAACUAAAAUCACUUUCAACAAAGCGAACAGAAAAAAAAAGUUAGGGUUUCGUCAUCUCUUCUUCAACGCAAAGUGCGAUCUGAUCCGUGGGGAGGGAGUCAUGGUUGAAUCAUUCGAAGGCUGGACUUCAUGGGUCGAAGAUGCAUAUUUGCUAUGUACACCUGAAGACCCUGAGUGCUUGAAGCAUCACUAUAUCACACGAACUGAGAAAGACGAGCCUCAGUACACAGUAGAUGAAGAAAUUUCCAUGAUGAACGAACAAAUCACAAAGAGCGAGGGGUUCGAUAUUGAUUUCUCGUUGUUCCGAUGUCUAUUCAACUACCAUCUUGUUGAUCCCAAUGAUUACGAUUUCCUUGAAGAUGAAACAACAGAAACCAACGGGGAUUUCAUGAAGAGGCUCUCUCAAGAAUCCCUUAAGCGCUACAAUGACGAAUGUGUUAGAACUGAAUAAUCCAUUUAUGUUCCUAUACUGUUCUUUUUUUGUACACAACAAUUCAACUUAAUGGUUCCUUGUUUGAAACAGGGUACAAAAUUUGAAUUUCUCGAGGUUGUCAAAGCCAAUUUUCACGGAUCUGUUGGAUAUAUGUUUCUCAUCACGUUUCAAGUGUUUGAUCCAUCUGAUGACCAGGAAAAAACCUUCCAAGCUAGGAUCCGUUACACUACACAUUACCCGACUGAAUUCGUCUUUUGUAGGCCGAAACCCAAUCCAGAAGGUACAAAUUAAAAGUUAUUGUUUUGGAUACUUGGGUUCAUAGCAUAAUUGAGUGAUUCAUUGUGGAGUAUAUAUAGUUUCGUCUUUCUCUUGUUUAAAGAUCUGUAUAGCUUGUAAAAGUGGUUAUUAUCUCUGGUCCUUGACAUUUGUUUUCUUUGGCUUUAUUUGGCAGUUGACUCUGGUGAAACUUCCAAGGAAGAUGUCAAAGGUUGACGUUGACGUUGACGUUGACGUUGGAGUCUUGGAUUGAAUACUUGCAGAUUGACGUAAAAAAAAUAGUCUAAAUUUUCAAAAACAAGGGUCCCAUUCAAAGGUUUCUUUUGUAUAGUGCUCAGGACCGGUCAUGGGUUUAUUAAACCCAAUUUUUACUUAGCCCUAUCGUUAACAAGCUUGCGAUAGUUGUUUACUUAGCACUAUAGUUAACAAUCGAAAAACUUGUUACCAUAUAAUUGAGAAAAUUGUUAUCAUAUAAGAUUUUUAAAUCUAAAGUUCCAAAAACAGUAAACAAAAGGUUGAAAAAUUACAAACUAUGGUGUGUUGGAGAACACGGUGUCGACAACUAGAGGAGAAAUCGACAACAGCAACCAUCAUCGAGAAGACUUGUUUUGGAGAUGAAUGUGUGAGGAAAAUAAAAAUUUGUGUCUUAUAUCUAGAUUUACAGAUAUUGAAUGGUCAGAAAAUUCGACAUGUUUUCUUUGUAGUAUAUCUAGCUAGCUCAUAUACUGUACUUCUUUUUUUUU